CGGCCCCCGCCCCCGCGCCGCCCCCGGCGCCGCCCCCGCCGCGGCGGGCAGGAGCGUGCGGGCUGCGGGCUGGCACCGGGCCCGCCCCGCCCAGCACCGGCCCCGGCCCCGGCUCCGGCCCCGGCCCGGCCCGGCCCGGCCCAUGGAGGCUCCCGGCGCGGCCGGCACCGCAGGCGCCCGGUGAGCCCCCAGCAGCCGCGGAGCGACGGAGCGCAGCGGCGCGGCCGGCGGCACCGCGCCAACAUGCAGGCCGAGGCGAGGGGGGAUGUCUCCGGCCCCGAGCAGCACCCCGAGCUCGGCAAAGAGGCGCCGGUGCCGGAGCGAGCCGCGGGCAGCCCGGCCCCCGCGCCGGCCGACGAGGCCCCCGGCGCCCCCGCGGAGGAGCAGGGCGGCAUCCCCAUCCCCAGCGCCGGGCUGCUGCAGGUCGCCGAGCGGAGACAGCCCCUGAGCAGCGUGUCCUCGCUGGAGGUGCACUUCGACCUGCUCGACCUCACCGAGCUGACCGACAUGUCGGACCAGGAGCUGGCCGAGGUCUUCGCCGACUCCGACGACGAGAACGCGGCCGGCGAGUCGCCCGGCGGGCUGCACCCCCACGGGCUGCCGCGGGCCGGCUACCUGCGCUCGCCCUCCUGGACCCGCGCGCGGGGCGAGCCGGGCCGCGACAAGAAGCACCUCAGCGACUCGGAGCUGCAGCCCGGCGCCGUGGACGCCUUCCUGGCGGCGGAGCGGCCGCAGGAGGAGUAGGGCCGCGCCGGGCAGCCCCGGCCCGCGCCGUUUGCCGGCGGCACUUUCUCACCCCGCUCCCGCGCGUCCCGCCGGGAGCAGCGGGGCGGGGGCCGGGGCGAAGGACUCCGCGAGGAGCACCGGGCAGACGCGGCCCCGCUGCCGUGCGGCGCACACGGGGCCGGCCCGGGAGCCCCUCGCCCGCCCGCGCCCCCAGCCCGGCACACACCAAAGCCAAAGCGCCGCCGCACCGUGCCGGGCCGCGGGGAAGGGGACCGGGGGCGGCGGCGGGAGGCGGGGGCCGCCGGCCCCGCGCCGCGCUGUACCGCCCGCUCGCCAUGUAGCAGCUUUCUGUACCGGUAAAACCGAGGGACCCAG